UCUUUUCUGGGGUACACGAGCAGGGGAGGCGAUCUCUUCUCCCGGUCUUGGCGACUUGCUCCCGAUGCCGCCGACAGUCCUCAUCGCUGCAUUUCAGCAAACGGGGAAAACCACAGCAGUAACGAAAAACCACAAUCAAAUGACACCGGAGCGCUCCAGGCUCGCGGGGAGGGGAGGGGAGGGGAGGGAAAGGCCGGGGAGUCAGCAGUUUAGGAAGCCACGUGAGAUCUGCCCACCACUCCGCCCGCUCUCCCUCAGAAGAAGGAAAAGGAGCAAGGACGGAGAACUUCAAUUCCCGGCUUGCAAUUGGGCGGUUGCUUCGGAAGCACUACAACUCCCAGCGUGCAGCGAGACGAGUCGGAGCCACCUCCUUCUCCUCCCGCGGUUCCCCCUCCCCCUCUUCCCGGCUGGGUCCGUGUGCGCCUGCGCAAGAAGGCCGGAGCAGUCUUACCCUAAUGUAAGAUGGUGGCCCGUCCGGCUGUGGAACCCACGGAAAGCCGAGAGUCCCCCUCUCAGCCAUAAAGGUCGGACUUGGAGGAGCCAUCCGGCCCUAUCCCGACGAGGCCUGCCCCGGCAGCCGCUCAGCAGUCACUUGCGAGGACGCGCCAGCCCGUGGGCUCGGGAGGAGGAGAAAGCGAGGUGCGGAAGGCGGGUGGGUGUCUGCGGGGCUGGGCUUAGGGGGAGCCGGAGGCUGGCCGGCUACGAGAGCUCGGAGGCUUCGCGGGGACUGUGCAGGCCGCACCGCCCCCCCACCCCCCAACACAUACCCCACCCCCUGCCUCUUCUUCACCCUCCUCCUCCUCCUCGUCUUCCUCCUCCUCCUUCUCUUCCUCUCGCUUCGGUUCAGCAGCGGCCACCAGGAAAAGGGAGCGAGGCGGCGGCGGCAGCAGCGGCGGCAGCAGCCGGAGGAGGAGGAGGCUGGGGCGAGCUGGAGCCUCCUUCGAAAGCUUCUUCCACGGGGGAGCCUGUUUAGCUCCUCCCCCCACGCCCCCCCUUUCCCCCUACCUUCUUUUCGGGACACGAGACUAGGGGCUGAUCCUGCAUGUUUCCCCCAAUUCCCUCUGCCUCUGGUGGUAGCCCUUUCCCGGAGCCCUCGCGCCCCCAUCCCUGUAACUAACAUCACCUCCACUCUCACUCCCGUGGCUUGCUGCACAUCUAUUCCACGGCCGGGGCUGCUACUUGUUAUUUGCCCUAUUGCCGUCACUCCGGACACGGACCCACUACCCCUUGUGCUGACGCCCUGGAGCUGCUGCUUUCUGCCCACCCACCGGUACACCUGCCCCGCGAUAACUGCUGCUGCUGCUGCUGCCCAUUUACAGUCUGUCUUGGACUCCUGGCAAUGCUGCCCUUUAAGCACUUCAUUUCAUUUUCAUCUAGUUGCUUAACUAUCUUAAAGCUGCUUUUCAUUCACCUCCCCCGCCUCUUUUCCUCAUAACCAGGCUGCUUGUAUUUCCCUUUAUUUCUGUAGUCAAAGUCUUUACAUCUUUAGUUCCUGAAGGGAAGAUGCCCCGUGUUUGGCCAUGCUUACUGGAACGUUUAGAGAGUAAAAGAACUGGGGAUUUGAAUGACAGUGUAAGCAAGAAGUACUACUUUGGGAAAUUUUGAGCAGAUUCCUCAAAUUUUAAAUUUAGUAAAGCAGUUUUUUCAUUUUACUUUCAAUUAUCCACAUGUGUAUUAGUUGCUAUUAACCAGUUUGUGGUAAUUUCAGUUUAGACUGGUAUCCUAUCCAGUUUGCUUCUGAUUUGCCUCUCCUUCAACCACUUUGGUAUAUGCUCAGAUUAUGGAAAUUAUUCAUAAUAUUACCCCAAAUGAUUCAAAAGAAGAUAACUGGCACACAUAAGCAUUGCAAAGCUAAAUAUAAAUGAUUUUUGGGUUACAACUUUGUAUUUUUCCAUGCCUCUGUUCCCUUCCAUAAUUGACAGCUGACUAGGUGACUUGGUGUCUGGAAAUAUGGUUUGAUUUGUCACUUAUCUAGUUCACUUAGUAUUUGUAUGAAAAUUUUCUCUGUAAUUUAAGUUUAGAUUGGUUAAUAGUUGUAUUUUGGGGGAAUUAAUAACAAGUCUUUUCUUUUUUUAAACUUCCAAUAUGGCAGUUAUCUGAACAGAAUACUUUUCCUCAAAAAUAAUCUUACAGAUUUGUUUAUUUUGUUUAUUUUUAACCUGACUAAGACUAGGUUAAGAGAAAUGAUAAAACUGUACCCAUGCAUGGUGUUGGUGGCACUGACAGUGAAACUGACUUAGUGAAAAGGGCUCAUAAAUUGUAGGGAGUCUGAUUCGUUCCUGUAAAAAGUGCUUUUAAAAAAAUGAAAAUGGAAAAUAAAAGAAUAAUUUAAGGACUUUGCAUUUUAGAUGAGUUUGGCAUAAUCAUACUGAACAGAAAAUCAAAAUUAGUCUGUGAUGUGAUCUUUUAUAUUUAGGAAAUGGGUUGCAAGAUGUGAAGUCCAUCAAUUAGGAUAUCUUUUACUUUCAAAAGUAGCUUACUAGCUAACACCUCCUAAGUUUGGUUUGCACCCAGAUCUCUUUGUAAUGUUGGUGUGGAUUUAGUUUAAAAGGCAGACAAGGACAAACUAUUCUUUGAAACUUUGAGUUUUGGAAGUUGUGGCAAAAAAUGAAAUCAAAAGUUAAACUAGCUAAUUCUUUUCCUUAAUCUUUUUUUUUUUUUUUUAACUCCUUAGGCUCCUACUUUGUCUCCAUCCUUUAUCAUUAAAAUACUGAUGUAAGUUAAUGAAGAAAUCCUUAUCUCCCCACUAUAAUAGGGGAUAAAUCCUUAUAUUCCUUUAAAUAAUGAUUAGUUGGGAUAGGGUCAUGAUAAUAAAAUUGAUCAUCAGUAUUGGAAGUCAAACAUGUUGUUUGCAUCUGGUUUCUUCCUGAUUGUAUAAUGGAAAAGCUUUACAAUUUUUAAACAAACCAAAUACACUGACAGGUUUUAAAAUGUUAGUCAAGCUUGACUGGAAUUCAAGUAGUUUCUUCUAGCAGAAUACUACUUUGGUAUGGCAAGAAGUGCACAAUAAUUUGACCAUUUUCUUUUAAAAGGCUCUUCUCUUUGAUUCCUCAUUAAAUAAGUUCUUUAAGAAUUAAAUGGUAAAUUAUUUUCCAUUUUUUUUCUUGCCCAUAAAUAUGUAAAUUCUUAGUUUUAGCACUUUACUUUUAAAGUAGGUUUGUUUUGUGUAGCUAAGGAUUGUACUAUCUCAUUUUGUUAGGGAGUAGUAAAUUAGAUUUCUAAAACUUGUUAUAUAAUUUAUUUAAAAGCAUUACAGCUUCAUAUUUAUCACUUUGUUUUUGAACAAUUGGGACAUGUUCUGUCACUGUAGGGAUUCUUAGUAGUUCUGUCCAUGAGUUGAAUAGAUUAUGUUUAUCAUGAAACUUUCUUUUAAAGUAAGUUAAAGUAGGCUAGUUUAAAAAAUUUAAUUUCCAUACUGCCUAGAACUCUAGCUUUGGAGGAUGUGACAAAUGAAAUUGCUCCCUUAUAUCCUUCAAUUUCAAAAGGAUGUGAACCAAAUUAGAAUGGUUGUACUGGUAGUAAUAAACAGACCUUUUGGUAUAAAAUAAAUAUUCAUUGAAUGGGAAAAUUUUAAUAUGAAAAUAAUCUUAAAAAUCCUUAUUGGUGAGGAAUAGCAUCUUAGUGCAAUGACAGGUAUUACAGGUAAUUUAGUUUAAAGACAUAUUCCUCAUCCUCCAGGCCCCUUCCAGCCUCCUCCCAAAAGACAGUUUUAAAAGAAUGAGAAGCAUCAUUGUAUAAUAAAGCAUCAGGUAGUGAAAGAGUCCUGAAUUCAUUCAGAAGGCACUGAGUUUAUAACUUUUGACAAAGUUAUGUGUUCAUGGGCUUAAAUGAUCACUUAAAUUUCUCAAGUUUACCUUCAUCUUUAAUCUGGUGCUGAUAUAUAGUAGCUGCCCAACAGAAUUGUGGUGAGGCUCAAAUGAGCAAAGAGAGAGUGUUUCCUGAACACACAGGACUGUUUUUAGGGAUGCAUUUUUAUGUAGCUAUGUUUGUUACACUGGUUUAAAGCUAUUGAAAUUCAUUCUCAUCAUUGAAGUGAUUUUUCACAAGCCAAAAAUUUGAUUUCACACUGCAUACUAUUCAAUUAGCUUUUAUCAAUAGUUCCUUCUGGACUUUUGGGGAGUAAAGUGACAAGAUCCAACUUCAGUGGUUGAAGAUUGAUGAAUAGAGGGGAUUAGGUUACAUGUAUAUUUCUUCUGUAUCUUACAUAUAUCAUAAGUAAAAUGCACUUUAUAAUUUGCCCAAAGAAUUUCUUCUUCUAGACAAGUGCUUUUUACCACCCAGGAAGAACAUGUACUGGAAAAUGUUUAUUUAACGUUCUAAAAUUGUAAAAAUUAUGAAA